AUGCUACAACAAACAUUUUCAUUUGGUGACGGAUUCGCUUAUGUUGGUGGAGCUUGUGUCGUUAAUAAGCGAUUGGAAAAAGUUAAUAGUGUUGCUAUCAUCGAGGAUACUGGCGGGUUCAGUGGAAUUAUUGUUGCAGCUCAUGAAGUUGGUCAUUUAUUGGGUGCUGUUCACGAUGGUUCUCCACCACCAAGUUAUUUGGGCGGGCCUGGAGCUGAAAAGUGUCGUUGGGAAGACGGUUAUAUCAUGUCAGAUUUAAGACACACAGAGAGAGGCUUCCGUUGGUCACCAUGCAGUGUUCAAAGCUUCCAUCAUUUCUUAAAUGGAGACACUGCCAGUUGCUUACAUAAUGCGCCCCAUGAAGAUGAAGCUUUAGGACGUCAAUUACCUGGAACACUUUUAUCCCUUGACGCUCAAUGUCGUAGAGAUCGUGGAACGUCUGCUUGUUUCAAAGAUGAAAGAGUAUGCGCACAACUCUUCUGUUUUGAUGCUGCGAGUGGUUAUUGUGUUGCUUAUAGACCUGCAGCUGAAGGAUCAUCGUGUGGUGAUGGACAACAUUGCCUUGAUGGAAAAUGUGUUCAAGAGAACGAAAAUAUUAUUCCUGAUUAUUCACAACAUACGCCAUCAUACAUCAGCCCAAAUUCCUUCAAUUCACAGUUCCAAAAUGAUUUAAGAAAGGUGCUGAAUGAAGCGGAAGUAACAUUAGGCGAGUUGGAGACGACGAAAAAAAGCACAACGACGACAACAACGACAACAACCCAAGCACCUUCCACUACAAAAAGCACAACAACUGUGUCAACUACGAAAAGCACAUCCCUCCAAACCCAACGCAGCACAAAACGUUAUUAUGCACCAUCAAAAAAACCCGACGACGUCCCGAAAACACCGAAAACAUAUUUCAGUAAUUCAUUUUAUCAUAAUAAUAAUCAAAAUAAUAUCAACAACGGACAAACCGACCGCUCGAAAAAUCUUUUAAAGAAAGCACUUGACAUAGAAACACCCACGCCAGCACCAACCAAAUCCACAAUCAGUCCUUAUUAUUAUGGUUUUAAUCGCUUGCCACAAUACACAACAUCAACACAAAAAUCUUCUCGAAAAUCGUGGUUAACCACGACCACCCAAAAGCCUUACAUUUUCCAAUACUACACGACUACAAAGAAAGUAGAUUUGCUGGCGUCGACUAAACAUUCGACGAACUUUGAAGUUGAUAAUAAUAAUUUUGAGAAUCAAGGUCCAUCAAACGAUGAUCUUGAAGUUGCAAAGUCAAAAACAUCGACUUAUAAUCCCGUUUUCGAUAUUUAUUUCAAGCAAAUCGGUCGUCAGAGGACGACGACCAGAAAGCCUUAUGUUUCAUCGUAAUUCCUAAUUUAACUCUCUCCCACACCCACGCCCAUCUCAUCUUUUUCGAUUCUCAUUUGAACGAAUUUGUGACCAAAAAUAUUAUGAUAGAAUUUUUUUAUGUUCGACUCACGACUUUAUGUGUUAAGAUUUUCAUUGAAACAAUCCUAGUGAUUCCAUCCAUAGGGCGAUCUCCAAGUGAAUCGUUUUUGUGGAAAGAAAAAAUAGUAAAAAACUAAAAAGCUUGCCAUCAGUUACAACCGAGUGAUUUAAUUAAAUUUACAAAAAAAAAAUCUUCAUUUGUACAACAAACAAUGCUACUUUAAUUCUUUUGAAGAACUAUACAUAUCUAUGCUAAAUAACUUGAACAUUUCUUUUUUGGCAACUCUGAUAAAUACUUUUGGUGAAUUUUUCAUAUAUUUAAUAUAUUUCUCACUGAUAGAUAAACUUUUAAGAUGUUUAUGCUGACAAAUUAUUUUUUGGGGAUAGAUAAUUACUAAAUGGUUCAAAAAUUCACAAAAAUCUUUCUUUUCACAAUACUUCCUAUAUCCAUAAGAUUGGACAAUUUUUGUGACGAUUGAAAGACGAGAGCUUAAUUUCGUGUCUUUUUAGCAAUAAGAAUUAUUUGUUAAUUGUAGGCUAAUUAGAAUUUAGGUUGUGAAAUAUUUCAUACUUUUCUUGCUAUAAAAAUUUUGUCUUACAUAUUUUUUUGUUUAUAAAUACCUUCAAUCUACCAAUAAUUUAAAUGUCACAAUACAAACUAAACAUAAAAAAUCAUAAAAUGACGACAGCACUUUGAUAAAAAUAAUAUAAAUAUAAAAUCUAGGAAUUGUAAUGGUUGGAAAAUCCUUCAAUAAAACACAAAUUUUUAUAUCAAUUCAC